UAAGGGACGUCACUCUGCGGUUUUCUUGACAGAGUUAUCCGCCGUGUAUUCUCCCAGUUGUCCAUUGUUGUUGGUCUCCGUCACGACCUCUCAUUCAUCAGCCUGGAAGAAACUUGUUACUCUUGAAGUCUGGUGUUGUUGCUUGCAGUUCCUACCACGUCUUUACCGGUGUUGGAGAGUGGAUGUAGCACCGCAACCUGUUGGAAAUAGUGAAAAUUUAACAAGAAAAGAUCAGCAAAAUUCAAGAACUUGGCAGUUUUAGAGAGAGAGAGAGGGAGAAAAAAAUGAUUUCAAGGCUGUCAGUGUUGUUUAUUGGAGCGUUGGCCGUUUCUAUGGCAAUAGCGGCUCCUUUAUCCAACCAGGAGAGUUUGGUCAAAUCGGAAAAAUCUGAACAACCCGUUGAAAGAGCCAAACGUGCAGAGGAAGAAAUUGUUUUUGGCAACCAACAAAACAAGCCCCGAGUGAUGGCUAAAAAAUCUGACCUCGCCAACCUCCUAGUUCCGGUCGUCCCCGAGGGGAUGAAGGACAAAGAUGGCGUUGUCAUCGCCCACAAGCCGGCGCCCGUUGGGGCGGAACUCGCGGCCCAGGCCGCCUUAGACAGGAGCGCGGAGAAAGAAAAAGUCGAACAGGCAGUGGAAGCGGCUAUGGAAACGGUGGCAGACGAGCAAAGGGCGACUCAGAAGGCAGCGGAAACUGCCCAUGAGGAAAUCAAAGAGCUCGUCAAAGAAGAAAUCCACAAGGACGAAAAGGCCGAGGAAGCCAUAGAGAAAGACAAACAAGGGCUCAAGGAGCUGGAAAAGGCCAUAGACGAGCCCGCCCCUAGCGGCGAGCUGGCCGAAUCAUCUCCCGAGGGCACUGGCGACGUUUCUGACGACGAGGUCAGCGAGUUUCUGGAAGAAAUUCAGAACGAGAAUGACGUCGAUAACAAUGACGUAAACAGCGACUACUACCAGAAGAUGUACCAGUACAUGCCGUCAUACGCAGACCAAGACAUUCUCCAGACCAUCCCCUUCCCAUACUACCGCCGUCGCCGCUCCCUCCCCUCUCCAAGAAAAGCCGCCCCUGUCAAAAACCACCGCGGUGCCAGGCGCAUAAAACGCGACAUCCUCGACGAAUACUACAACACCCUGAGCCUCCCCUACACCCCCGUGGAGUUGAACGACGCCCUGAUCUCUGAACCCGACGACUACGUCCCACUGACCCCUGAAGAGAAAGACUACCUUUACAGACGUCUGCUGGACAACCUCGCUGGCAUGUACGAAGAUCCGAAAGACGAGAUCGAAAACGAAGACUCGGUUGUUCCGUACAUCAAUAAUCUCAACGAAGCUCAGGACGAUGCGUACACGCCAUACGUCGUCUACGGGGAGAACAACAUCCCUUCCAUCUACUCACCGGAAAUGGAGAGGCAGGCGUACUCACCAGACGACAAUGAUGUCAUGUUUUUUAAAAGAGGUAUGAUUGACUACAUUCCGGAGGAGGAAGAGGAGAAGAGGUACUUCUUUCCCUUCAGCGAGGAACCCCAAACACAUUGGGGAGCUUUUGUGCCAGAGAAACGAGAUUACGGCGAGGCCAUUCAGAGGCUGCAGCGACUCGCAAUGGCGCUCAGUGACAACCAGGGGCCUUACUACAGGGAGAUGGUGGAGGAUUACAUAAGGAAAUAAAGAUAGAGAAAAGACCUGAGCCACCAGCUUGUCUUCUCCAACUGAAGGACCUGAUGCCAGUAACCAGCAGGCCUGUCGGUGCCCAUGGGCCUCACACCAAACUGUUACAUUACCACUUAGUUUUGUUGAAUAUUCGUCUGUGACACUUUGGUUUUCCAUUCAAUUCUUGUCUCAAAGUAUUAAAGUCAUGGAGCUUCAAUGUUAUAUUAUUUGAUGAGUUAUUGUCAUGUGCUGCUUCUCAUUAUUUCCCCCCCUGCCCAUGUAAAUAUUUGUGGAUGUUGUUCCAAGACUAAUGUUAGUUCCAGAUGGGUUUAUUUAUUGAGGGGUAGAUGAAUGCAGGAUGUGCCCACCUGCCUGUCUAGAUUUCUUCACCUGGAAAUAUUAAUUUAUACAUAUAUUUAAUUAAAACCUUAAACAUUGUGGUAAGAGUUAAUGUUCUAUUUAAUUCAGUUAUUAUUGUAUCGGAAAUUACCUAAACAUUAAAGAGUUAUACCUAUGUUUCAGUUCCUGUGAAUUUUUUUUUUAAUUUUAAAUAAAUUUUUAUCUAAAUACUGUAAUCUAAAACAAUUAAACAGAUAAAGUAUAUUGAAAAUAAACUGACGCAUAACAAGUGACUUGUUUUAUAAAUCAUUUGUUGAGAAGAUGUAUCAGAUCUCCCAAUGCCUUUGGUGAUGUUAAAUCUGCUGUUUGUGACUGAAAACCUGACAAGGACUACAAAAAGUUACUUUUAUUCAAUAAAUAUUUAUUUUUAAAGCCAG